AUCCCGAGGAGACUUGGUUUGGGAAAGGAGCUGCACACUGACUUCAGCUGUACUCAGAAGAACAGACAGGUUCUUCUUCAAAGGGGGAGGGGGAGAGGAAAAGCCAUUAUUUAUUCCUGAAAAGAAAGGAGGUGGGAAAUUAAAAAGCUACUAUACAGAUAGACACACGUAUUUUAAAGAGAAGGAUGCUUUGGAAGACUUUGCUGCUGCUGCUGUUUUAUUACAGUGCUCAUGCCACUGUGACCCACAGAUGGAGCAGAGCUAUGCUAUUUCCAGCUGCUCAGCGAUUCAAGAGGUCCUCAGCUGCCUUCCUUAACCCAGUGUUACAAAACUCACUGGAAGAUGUGGUCCUGCUUUACGAGUUUCUUUUAGCUGAGCUUGACAUUGACAAAGGUCAGAGGAUCUCCAUCAAAGAUGAGGAGCUUGCUUCACUGAGGAAGGCUGCUGAGUUUGACACCAUCUGCAAUGAGAUUAUCCCCAAGAGCAUCACAGAGAUCCGCAGGCUGAGUAGCAGGCUCUCUUCCUACCCAAGGGUCCUCAAGAAAGAAGACUUUGAAAGGACAGUGCUGACCAUGGUCUACACAGCCUACAGAGCUGCUCAGUCCCAGGGGCACCAGAAGGACAUUUGGGCUCAGUCCUUUGUCAGUCUUUACAAAGCCCUGAAGCACGACUUGAUGUUCCCAUACAACAAACAGCCAUCAUAGUGGGAGACUAGAUGCAACAGCAACUUAGCCACCUCUUUUGGUUGAUAAUGGACAUAUGUAGCACGUCCACCACUUUAUUCUGUAAAGAGUUUAAUAGCCCGCUUUGUGAAAGAUUAUUUGUUUUCUAGCUCCCUCUUGUGGAAUCCACUUUAAAGUUCCAUUUUAAAUGGUGCAAAAUGUCCAGUCCUGAGAAUUAAAUUUUUGUGCUGGCUUGGAGACACACAAGCAAAGUAGUGAGUCUAGGGUACACCCAGACAAACCCUGGCUUCAUCCUUUGGGUUUCCUAUAAACAAUAAAUAAGUAUACUAUGCUUAUGCUUACAUCCUUAUAUGUAACUGCUGGAGAGUGUUACUUUCAUAGCUAGGGAAACAAGUUCAUGUUUUGACUGGCCAGUAAAAGAAUAUUAUAAAUAGAUGCAAAGGCCCUCUGUAAAAGGAAGAAGUUUCAUAACUGUCAGCGUUCAGAAAUUAUGCCAUAUAUUAUUCAUUCCAAAUGUUCCUGUAAAUAAGCACUCUCUGAUUCACUUCAUUUGGCUGAGCCAGUUUUUAAUUGCAAUAACAUUUGCAGAAAACAAAGGGCAUUGUGAACACCAGCAGCAAACAAUGCCUGUGAACGUAUUCCCUGCUUCCUAGAGCUGCCCUCCCUAACAGUCUGCAAUGAUUCUUUCAUUAUUUGCACACGGCUUUGCUUCUGCUGUUUUUAAUUUUUUUUGAAAGGAACAUGUAUUUGUUCACAGUGGAAUCAAAGGCAAGACAAAGGCCCUAUUUAAGUUAAUAAUGACACAGUUUUCCUGGUUCUGUCACUUGAACAUAGGUCAUCUAAACCCAUGCUUCAGAAUCCCCCUGAGGCAAAGGAGGAAGGUGCAUUAAAACAUACCUGGUGCUGAAUCUAGCACUGUAGCUCAUGGG